AUGAAUGAAUCACAAAACAACGGCGACGUUUACUUUCUCGUCGCCGCGCUAUCGCCUCGCCGAGGCUCCCGCCAUCCUGGCGGCCCACGACCUCCCGUCGUCUCCGCCCUCCCCUCCGCUCGUUUCCGCCCCGACGCCGAUCGCAUCGCUCGGCGCGUAGUCCCUGCACAUCCUCAUCGUGAGCGUGUCGGCGCACUUCCUCAUCGCCGCCAUGCUCUCGGCGAAGGACGAAUCCUUGGUGUCGUGCCACGCGGGUUGCAGCGACCCGCGAAACUCAACCGUGGACGUCUCCAUGAGCACGUCUCCGACGAGCACCUCCCCGUGCGCGUUGCCGUCGACGUCGACGCUCACCACACACGGCCUGCCAUCGGGCCCGGGCGCGAACGAGAUGCCCGUGGCGCUCAUGCCGCGCGACACGUCCAGGCACACCUCGAAGCAUCCAACCUCCUCGCGGUAACUGACAAACACCGGCGGGCGCGCCUCGGGCGGCGCGGUCUCCUUUUCCUCGACGCCCGCGUCCUCUUCGAGCUCGUCGUCCGCGUGUACAACCGCGACGAGCUCCAUGUUCUCGACGGGAUCCGCGAGAAUUUCGGGCGCGUCCUCGUCCCCAUCGUCCACCGAGUCGCUGUACACGUCCAUGCCGUCGCACGAGAAGAGCAGUUGACGCUCCUCCGUGCUCGCGUCGUCGUGAUGGAACGAGUAGAGGGCAUCUCCGGCGGCGGUUUCCUCGUAGGACACGAUGCACGAGACGUCGACGCCCGAGCCCUCAGCAGCCACCUUGGAGACGACGCAUGCGCGGGAUCGAGGCGGUGCGCGUCCGCUAGGGGCGCGAACGCGCGCCGCCGAGGAGGACAAGGCCCGCACGGCGCUCAUCUUUAUCCGAAACCUAGACUGACGAGUCCGGUACCCCUCGCUCGCUUCCCUUCGUAG